AUGUUCUUUGGAAAUAGAUCUGCUGGUUUAUGUUCUGACAACAGCACAAAUAACAGUACAUCAGUUUUUUUGAUUACAUUUGGCUCCAGUACAAAUAAUUAUUCUAAUAGCACACCUUCUAGUUUUAAUUUUACUACAAGCCAUAUACAAGUAAUUAAUACUGCAAUACAAGACGGAUAUUUUGGUUUCGUGAAUGCGGUUCCUAAUCACCAUAAAGUAUGGCAGAUUGGCAAAUUAGAUUAUGCAACGAACGAAAAAAAUGGAUACAUGUUUUUAGUUAAUGUAGCGAAGGAAAAGAAUACUGUAAUUUUCAAUUCUACUAUAAAUGAUCUUUGUAUUGGAUUACGUUAUGAAUUUUCUGCGUACUUAGCAAAUGUGGAUAUACCACCGACUGGCUCUCGACAGAAGCCAAAUGUCCGCUUUGAAGUUCGAGCUGCAACAUUUCAAGUUGGUAUACUAAAGAACUCAUCAACGGGUAAUAUACCUGCAGAAGACUAUAUGCCUUGGAGAAAGUAUGGCGUUACAUUUAUAGCAUCAAAUAAUUCAGUCGUUCUACUUAUUAUCUCAAAUGUUGCAAGCAGUAGCGCGGGCGGAAAUGAUUUAGCCAUUGAUAAUAUUGAAUUACGUGGUUGUUCAAAUAAUUAUUCUAGAUUGUGUCCAUCAGAAGAAACUACGACAUCACAACAUACGUCAUCAGCAGCAACAACAACAACUAUUGGGAUGGCUGAACAUUCGACAUCACAACAUAUAUCAUCAUCAUCGACAACAACAACAACAACAACGACAACUAUUGACAUGAAUGAACCUUCAACAUCACAACAUAUAUCAUCAUCGAUAACAACAACAACAAUAACUACUAUUGGCAUGGAAGAAACUACGACAUCACAAUAUAUAUCAUCAGCAGUAGCAGUAACAACAACUACUGACAUGAGUAAACAAUAG